AUGAACCAAGUGCUCCUGAAAAUAAGUGAAACUAUUGAUAUACAGGAAACCAAAGGUCAGGGAAACAAUAUCAACAAAGUUUCCAAAACGCUCGCUUCAACUGUGAAUGUAGACGAAUAUAUUUUAUACAUUGUACAAAGAGCUAGAGUAUCAGUGGAACUGAAGCAAUAUUAUAGCCACAGGUCAAAUACAAUCUUUGAAAAUAGAGCUCAAGAUGAAGAUCAAGAUAUGAACGAAGUCGUUGAAGACGAAAAUCAAGCUAUGGAUGAAAUUGUUGAAGUACAAGAUCAAGACAUGAGAGAAACGGAAGAAGAAUCCGAUAUUCCUGCGAUGUCCUUGUUGCCAUUUAGAAGCUAA